AUGGCGACCAAAAAUGCCCCCAAGCCCAAGAAGGCUGCCAAAGUCAAACAAAUGGACCUGCCCAAUGCCACAGCAGGUGUUGUUACUCGAUUCCCUCCUGAGCCUUCAGGAUACCUUCAUAUUGGUCACGCUAAGGCAGCUCUUCUCAAUGACUAUUUUGCCCAUAUCCAAUACCCCGGGGGCAAGAUGAUCCUACGUUUCGACGACACAAAUACCGAGAAAGAGAAGGAGGAAUAUCAAGAUGCUAUUCGUGAGGAUGUGGCAUUGUUGGGCAUUAAACCCGAUAUUAUCUCCUACACCUCGGACUAUUUUGAUCAAAUAGAGCAAUACGCUGUCCAGAUCAUCAAGUCUGGCAAGGCGUAUGCAGACGACACUCCCGGAGACGUCAUGAGUGCACAAAGAAUGGCACGUGAGCCUUCCGUUCACCGCGAUGACAGUGUUGAGGACAAUCUUGCCAGGUUCGAAGAGAUGAAGAAAGCUACAGACGAGGGACGGAGAUGGUGCAUUCGAGCAAAGAUCUCUUAUGCCAACGACAACGCCUCCCUCAGAGAUCCUGUCAUCUUCCGCUGCUCCAAGAGUCAAUCCCCCCAUCAUCGUACCGGCGACAAGUACAAGGCCUAUCCCACAUAUCAAUUUGCGUGUCCUAUUGUUGACUCGAUCGAGGGCGUGACUCACGCUCUAAGAACUACCGAGUACAACGACCAAGACGCUCAGUACAAAUGGAUCCUAAAGGCGCUCGAGCUGAGAGCCCCAUUCAUUUGGACCUUCUCCAAAAUUCAAUUCAUUCGAACUCUCAUGUCCAAACGGAAGCUGACCAAGCUUGUUGAGGCGGGUGUAGUCUCUGGAUGGGAUGACCCACGCUUCCCAACCGUGAGGGGUAUUCGACGACGCGGCAUGACUAUCGAGGGACUAAGAGACUUUAUGGUCAGCCAAGGACCAAGCAAGAACGUGGUCAAUAUGGACUGGCAUACGAUCUGGACCUCCAACAAAAAGGUCAUUGACCUUCGGGGUGCCAGGUACACUGCCAUCGACAAGAAACAUGUUGUGGCCAAGGUCAAAGGACUUCCAGAGCAACCUUACUCCGAGAUGAAGCCUCGUCACGCAAAAUAUGAUCUAGGCGAGAAGAAGGUCUGGUAUAGCCAAAAUCUUAUUAUCGAGCAAGAGGAUGCAAAGACAUUCGAAAAAGACGAGGAGAUCACACUGAUGAAUUGGGGCAAUGCCAUUGUACGGGAUAUUCAGUACGAGAAGACAGCCGACAAGGCUGAUGUCGCCGAAGGUGUUGAUGCACUCGGUAAUGUUGCGUCCUUGGAGCUGGAGCUGCACCUCGAGGGAGAUUUCAAGGCCACCAAAAAGAAGGUUACCUGGCUCUCUCAAGAUCAAGAUCUUGUCCCUGUUGAGCUGGUCGAUUUCGACCACUUGUUGGGGAAGGAUAAGUUGACAGAGGAAGAGGAGACUCACUGGGAGGAUUUCCUGACUCCCAAGACUGAGUUCACUUCGACCGCUGUCGCCGAUUGCAAUGUCAAAGAUAUCAAGGUCGAUGAUGUCAUCCAGUUCGAUCGCAAGGGUUAUUUCAGAUGCGACAAGGCUUUCUCGAAGGAUUCCCCUGCUGUCUUCUUCAAGAUUCCAACUGGUAAGGAGUAA